AUGGAGCCCUGCGAGAUGCCAAGAGUGAAACUUGGCGCUCAGGGUCUCGAGGUGUCUAAGGUCGGUUUCGGGUGCAUGGGCCUCUCCGGCAUCUACAACUCCCCGGCGCCCCACGAGGACGGCGUGGCCCUCGUCAAGGCCGCAUUCAGUGCCGGGGUCACCUUCUUUGACACCGCCGACGCCUACGGGCCUCACACCAACGAGGUUCUGCUCGGGAAGGCACUGAAGCAGUUGCCCCGCGAGAAGGUGCAAGUGGCCACCAAAUGUGGCAUUGCAGGAUUCAAGUUGAACAACAUCUGCAUAAAGGGGACACCAGAGUAUGUCCGUGAAUGCUGCGAAGGCAGCCUUGCACGCCUAGAUGUCGAAUUCAUUGACCUCUAUUACCUGCACCGCAUUGAUCAGUCGGUUCCCAUAGAGGAAACUAUGAGUGAGCUCAAGGAGCUGGUCCAAGAAGGGAAAGUGAAAUACAUUGGCAUGUCUGAAGCAAGCGUGGAUACCAUAAGGUGCGCUCAUGCGGUUCACCCUCUCACUGCAGUGCAGAUAGAAUGGUCUCUAUGGGCCAGGGAUAUAGAGGAAGAUAUAGUGCCACUAUGCAGGGAGCUUGCCAUUGGAAUUGUUUCAUACAGUCCGCUUGGUCGGGGUAUUUUUGCUGGAAAAGCAGUUGUGGAGAACCUACCACCAAACAGUUUGCUGGUACAAGAAAUCUGCUCAUAUAGCUGGGAUUAUUUAGCUCCCUUUCAGUCUGUGGAUCCCAGGAACCUAACGUUUUCUGAACUGUCCCUGACCACAGGAACUACAAAACUGAAGAACCUGAGCAGUAACAUUUUUUCAGUAAGAAUUAAGCUGAGUAAGGAUGACCUGAAAGAGAUUUCAGAUGCAGUACCUGCAAGCGAAAUAGCAGGUCCAAGGGUUUACCCAUCCUUGGAGUGCUAUUCCUGGAGAUAUGCAAACACGCCGCUUCAGAAGUAG